CCGGAAGCGGCGUGCAGCGGGGUGGGUGAGGAAGGAGGGGGGCGUGGCUUAAGCGCACUUCCGCUUCCGGCGCGCCGGGCACACAGAGGCACGAUGCUGAUCAAAGUAAAGACGCUGACCGGGAAAGAGAUCGAGAUCGACAUCGAACCCACCGACAAAGUGGAGCGCAUCAAGGAGCGCGUGGAGGAGAAGGAAGGGAUCCCGCCCCAGCAGCAGCGGCUCAUCUACAGCGGGAAGCAGAUGAACGACGAGAAGACGGCGGCCGACUACAAGAUCCAGGGCGGCUCCGUGCUGCACCUGGUGCUAGCCCUGCGAGGGGGCGGGGCCAGGCAGGGCGAGGGGCGGGGCUAACGGCAGGCCCCGCCCUCCGCCCGCGUCGACGAUCCCGCCCAUACUGACGCCCUUUUCCACCCUUUUCCAAGUCCCCAUGUUUGCAUGUACCCCAACGAAUUAAAGCGUCUGUGUGAUGUCA